CCUGGCGGCGGCGGGCGGGCGGGCGGGCAGGCGGCGGGGCGAUGGCGCUGGUGGAGGGCGUCGGGGACGAGGUGACGGCGCUGGCGGCGCUGGUGGCGGCUCUGGGGCUGCUGGGGCUGGCCUGGUUCUCCACGCGGACGGGCGAGCGGGGGGACGGAGCGCUCCCCGCCCCCGCCCGCCGAGACCCCCUCCCCGCCGACCCCCGCCCCGCCCCUCCCCGCCCCAGGGACGGCGGUGGGGGCCGGCAGGAGGAGGAGGGGGAGGGGGAGGAGGGGGAGGAGGAGGAGGAAGGCUCCGGGCCCCCCUUCGUCCUGCGGCUCAAGUUCCUGAACGAGACGGAGCGGCUGGCCAGGGUGCGCCCCAGGGACACGGUGGGCGCCCUCAAGAGGCUCUACUUCCCGGGCCAGGAGCAGCUGGUCCGCCUCAUCUACCAGGGCCAGCUCCUCCGGGACGACGCCCAGACUUUGGCCGCCCUGCACCUGACCAACAACAGCGUGCUCCACUGCCACGUCGCCCAGCACCGGCCGCCCCCAGCCGGCCCCAAUGCCGGCCUCCGGACCGAUGCCGAAGCGGCCCACGCCGCCCUGAACGUGGGCAGCCUGAUGAUGCCCCUCCUGGUGCUGAUGCUGGCUGCCCUGUGGUACUUCCAGCUGCAGCACCGCCACGUCUUCACAGCCACGGCCACCACCUGCCUGGCCGGCCUGACCCUGGUCUUCAGCUUCGUGGCCUUUGCCGUCUACCGCAGAUGACACCGAAGGAGGCCGCUCUGCGCCCAGACUGGGGGACGCCUGUUGGGAUGCCGGGUGCCGUUGCGGGGACGGGGCUGAGCUCUUGAGUCCCGGUGGGGGCCAGUGGGGCUGAGUCUGGGUGUCUCCUGGCCAGCCUAAGCAGGGGGUUGGACUGGAUGACCUCCAAGGUCCCUUCCGACUCUGUUAUUCUAUUCUAUUCCAACCCCUGGUCAUUGUUUUUCCAUUAAAGCUGUGAAGGAAAAAGGGAA